GCACGGAGCCGCCCCGAGGCGCGGGGAUGGGCGGGGGCGGGAGCAGCGGCGGCGGCGGCGGCGGCAGCGGCACAUCCUUCCCCCGCGCCCCCCUCCUCCCUCCUCCCCCCUCGGCUUCAAAACAAACCGUCACCAAAAUGGUGCAGAGGUGAAGGAGGGAGCGGGAGGAAGGGGAAGAGGUGGCGGCUCGGCCUGGGCGCUGCGGGGACAGGUGCUGGGGGUGAGGCUGCAGCUUGGGAGCUCGCGGUGCGUUUGAAGAGAGGGUGCUGGCCUCUGUGCCUCAGUUUCCCUUUUGUUCAGCACCGUUCCCCUCAUGGGAGUGUGCUGUGGUGAUGGGCUCUGCACAAGUGCCAGAUGUUUGUGACCAGCAGUAGAUGACCAGCACAAGGCCAGCUGAAGCCGCUGGGCUUUGCCCCAUGGGUCUCCUCCCAUCUCCCAGUGUUGGAUUGAGGAGCGGUGGCUGCAGCUCAUCCCUGCCAGGAGCAGAAGAUGCAGGAGGCUGCGUAGCAGGUUUCUGACAUCUCAGCCCCGCUGGAUCUGGCCACGCGUGACGGUACCAUGAACUGAGCACGGAGCCGCACGACUCUUUUUUUUUUUUUUGUUUUGGCUUUUUUUGGGUUUGUUUUCCGGCCGAGAAAAAAGCCCCCCGCGCUCUUUAAUGAAAGCAUUCUAAAGUGGGGUUAGUGCUCCCCUCCCCUGAGCCGAAGUGGUGCCGGGUGUGGCGAGGAUUUCCCGAGAAGAUGGGGAGAAAAAAGAUCCAGAUCCAGCGGAUCACGGACGAGCGCAACCGGCAGGUGACCUUCACCAAGCGCAAGUUCGGCUUGAUGAAGAAAGCCUACGAGCUGAGCGUCCUGUGCGACUGUGAGAUCGCCCUCAUCAUCUUCAACCACUCCAACAAGCUGUUCCAGUAUGCCAGCACCGACAUGGACAAGGUGCUGCUCAAGUACACCGAGUACAACGAGCCCCACGAGAGCCGGACCAACGCGGACAUCAUCGAGACGUUAAGAAAGAAAGGUUUUAACGGCUGUGACAGCCCAGAGCCCGACGGCGACGACUCCAUAGACCAGAGCCCCUUGAUGGAGGAUAAAUACCGUAAAGGCAGCGAGGAUCUGGAUAUCCUGUUCAAGAGAUAUGGUUCCACAGUGCCCGCUCCGAACUUCGCCAUGCCCGUGACGGUGCCGGUGACCAACCAGAACACGCUGCAGUUCAGCAACCCGGGCAGCUCGCUGGUGACCCAGUCCCUCGUCACCUCGUCGCUGACAGACCCCCGGCUCCUGUCCCCACAGCAGCCGGCCUUGCAGAGGAACACGGUGUCCCCAGGGCUGCCACAGCGGCCAGCCAGUGCAGGGGCGAUGCUUGGGGGAGACCUGAACAACACGAACGGAGCCUGCCCAAGCCCCGUGGGGCUGGCCGGAUCCAUGCUGGGUGGACAUGGCAAUGACAGCAGCAAUGACAGCCCAAGGCCACCCAUCUUUGGGGGAAAUGGCUACGUGAGUGCCAGAGCCUCUCCGGGUCUCCUUCCCGUGUCCAAUGGCAGCAGCCUGGGCAAGAUCAUCCCGGCCAAGUCGCCGCCGCCGCCCUCGCACGGCGCGCAGCUGGCGGCCAACAGCCGCAAGCCCGACCUGCGCGUCAUCACCUCGCAGGGGGGAAAGGGGCUCAUGCACCACCUGACCGAGGACCACCUGGCUCUGCAAAACACACAGCGGUUGGGUGUCUCUCAAGCAACUCACUCUCUGACCACACCAGUUGUUUCCGUGGCGACUCCGAGUUUGCUGACACAGGGGCUGCCCUUCUCAGCCAUGCCCACAGCAUACAACACAGAUUAUCAGCUGACGAGCGCUGAGCUCUCCUCGCUGCCGGCCUUCAGCUCACCUGGAGGGCUGUCCCUUGGCAACAUCUCUGCCUGGCAGCAGCAGCAGCAGCAGCAACAGCAGCAGCAGCAGCAGCAACAGCAACAGCAGCAGCAGCAACAACAGCAGCAGCAGCAGCAGCAGCCGCAGCAGCAGCCGCAGCAGCAGCACCUGGUCCCGGUGUCACUAGGAAACUUAAUACAAGGGAGCCACUUGUCCCACACCACCACUUUGACUGUCAACACCAACCCCAACAUCAGCAUCAAGUCAGAGCCCGUCUCGCCCAACCGGGAGAGGAACACUGCCACCCCGCUCAGCACCUUCCCCCACCAGCCCCGGCACGAGCCCACCGGCCGCUCGCCCGUCGACAGCCUCAGCAGCAACACCAGCUCCUACGAGGGCAGCAGCGAGCGGGACGACCCUGCCCGCCCCGAUUUUGGCUCCUCCCUGGGCCUCCUGCGACCCAGCAGCGAGCCCGAGGGGGAGAGCCCCUCCGUAAAGCGCAUGCGGUUGGAUACCUGGGUCACAUAACGGGUCCCCACCAUCCCUGGGAGCUCCGGGAGGGGCUGGGAGGGGCGGGGGAGGGCAAAACGGGUGAUGGGGAUGGGGCUGGGGUGGGGUGGGGGGGGCAAAUUAUCAUAAACUGCCUGAGAAAUAGCUUUAGGAUUUUGUAGGCAUUCAUUCUAGCGCAGCAGGCGACGCAUGCAGUACGUACGGCGCUCGGGAGCGGCCCGGGGUGUGGGAAUGGGGGCUGGAGUGGGAUAUCAGUGUCCUCACCAAAACCAGCAGCCCCUAGGGAUGCUCCACGCUGGCCAGCAGGACCCCCUUGGGAAGUGGGACUGUAGCCCUGAGGCAGAGCACCUGUGGCAGGAUGGGCUCCGGGGGCAGAUGGGGCACAGAGCACCCCAAAAUGCUCCUUCCUGGCCAUUCCCCUGGGUCCCUGUGCAGGGAGGGGCAGUUCAGACGUGAGUCAGCUCUCUGGGAGCUUGAAGGGCUUUGGUAGGCACAGGUUUUCCUCCAGAAGGGUUUUCCUAAACCAGCUGGGAAGGGAGGUGGGGAUGCAGCCACAUCCACAGCCUGCUUGAGGCUCCUGCAUCCUGGGAAGCUGCAGCAGGAGUAAGAGGCAGAUUUUUAAGGCUCAGUUCCGUUUGCCUGACAAGUGGAUGCAGACAGCAUCCUUCCUACCUGAGCAGGGAACUCCGCUGUUCCUGACCAGGCUCACUGGAACACUGGAGUUCCUGUUUCCCUGACCUCCACUGGGCACAGCAGGUGUGUGGAGAGGGCAUCUUAGUGCUGGUUUUGAGAGCAAGUUGUGGAUUUUAGCAAACAACGUCCAUAAAAGCAUUUCAGAAAUGGGUUCCCAUUGCACCUGGGCCAAAGCUUUAAAUGAGGAAAUUGGGAAGAAAGUAUUUUUUUACUGAAAGAUGCAACUGAAGUAAUGAUCCUAAUGAGAUUUUGCCUGAAGGUUUCUAGGCCUCAAAAGGCAAUAGUGAGCUGUGCAGAAAAUCUCCUUGAGCCUUGAGCAGUGAUUUAGUGGAAGGAAAAAGGAAAAACCGAGGAAUUUCCUCAUGUUGCCGCUUGCUCUGGCAGUUUCCCAGGGAUGGGUGUUGGUGCCCUGAUCCCAAAAUGCAUCAACCUGCUCAUGGUUGGAGGGUUUGGAGGAGAAGGGACCGUUCCUGGCUGGCACAGCCAUUAGGGAUGGGCUUUCUCCCUGCAGGUGCUCAUGCUGGUCCCCCAUCCCCCUCCCAGCCUGCUGCCCUAUCACCCUGUGCAGGGCCACCCCAGCCCCCCUCACCCCUGGGCUCGCAGUCCCAAACUGGCACAAAACCUGCCCGGAUGCCACCUUUGCCAGCCUUGGGGGGCUGCGGGGGAGCUGGGAGCUGCCUGGGGUUCAGGCAGCUGAGACAGAGCAAAGGGAGAGGAGCUGAGUCAGGGUGGGGUUUAUCCCCCUCCUGGACCCCUCUGCUGGGUGUCAGCAGCCAGCUCAGCCUUGGAAUGAGGCAGAUGGCAUAAAAACGUCCCAGGAUGAGGGGUUUCGCAAACUUUUCCCAACCAAGCAUUUAUCACAAAGUUUCUAAUUGGAAAAAAACAAGAAAAAAACGUGCUGAUGAUUGUUGUGCAAUGAAUAGGGAGUGGUUGGAGGAGGAGAGGAAAUCCUUCCGAAGCUGGGUGAAAAUUAGGAGCUGGUUUUGUGUGGACACCUGGUGAAGGGGUCAGGGUGGGUGCUCAGCAGUGCCGGCGUUCUGGGUGCCCUCUCCAACAUCCCUGCUCGUGGAUCAAGGCGUGGAGAGAUGUGCCAGAUCAAACCCCCCCUCCAGACCUCGAAAGACCACAUUCCUGCCACAAAGGCUUUUCCACCCAAAUGACGGCUUUAUUCUUUUCCAACCAUGAAUUUGGAAUUCCCUCUCCCGUUCCCGUGCUCCGGGAAGGCUUUGGGUGGGCAAGAGCAGGAAAGGAGCCCUGGCAGGUUUUGUGCAGUUGAACCCCCCCGUGUCCCCUCCCAAGCCAACCCAGCGGGUACCAGGGACAGGCUCGGCUCUCACCUCCGGAAUGUCGGCGUCGGAAGCGGAUCUGCCUCCCUCCCUCAUCCCUGCCAGUCCUUGGGGAAGCAGGAGAGAUGCUGUGGACCGUGGUCUUCCUCGCCCGCGCCGACGCCCCGACCCGGCCACGCCGGAC